AUGCAUAGGUAUUAUAAUAUAUACCAAUUUCCAGUGAAAGAGGAUCUACUGGAUAUUUCGUUUGAUGAAUUUGGUGGUAUUACUUCAGUGCCACCACUACGUGUAAAUGUGCGAACACUCAACGAGGAAGAUAGUUCUUCCAAAAAGUCAAAUUCCCAUGAUGAGAGUACAAAUCUUGCUACAAUCAGAUUUAAUGAAGUCUAUGCACAAACAAAUUUCAUUUACAAUGUAUGGGAAACGGAAGAAAAUCAAUUGAGGUUAUUACUUUCACAAUGGAAUCAAGAACAUCUAGCUGACACAUUACUUGCUGAAAAAGUAUAUGUCAGUACUCUAAAAAUUAUCAAUCGUCAUCACAUGCAACGCCUAUUGAAAAAAUUUGAUAUGGGCACUGAAAUAUUAUUCGAACAAAAUUUAGAAAAAUGGCGAGAAUCCAUUGGAAGACCAUUGCUACCUUCAUGUGAUACUUCAAUUCCACCUUGCACGCCUACACUUUCAGAAAUAAUCAGACCUUUAACGUCAGUGAGUGCAACCAAUUCGCGUGAGGGAUCUUCACUCAAUAGUGCUAUUAACACUAUUUCAAUUUCUCUACGUGAAAUAUUAAAUGAAACUCCAAGAGGCAAGAUGCUUGUUGAAUUUUAUUCACAGUUUUCGAGAUUCCAAGAGGAACAAAGAACAUCAUUAAUUUCAUUGAUUGCCCACUAUUUUGAGGAGAAAAAUUUGAAAAUGACAUUAUCUGCUAGCUAUAAGAUGGAAAAUGAAAUUCUAGAGAUAUUUCCGUCAGAAAAGCUGGAAUAUUUCCGUACGAGUAAACGUGGUAGAAUUUAUAAUAAGUAUGCAAAUUUGACACAAUCGUUCAAAAAUGCAGUUUCUAAACAUAUCAGGAAUGAUGAAAGGGAAGUCAUCAAAAACACAAGACAUGAAAAAUCUUUUGAACCAGAGGCCAAUGGAGAAAUCUGCCUUAACUCACUUAAAUUUGACAAUUUAAGUGCUGAAGAAUUCGAUAGAACAUGGAAAGCCUGUUCUCAUUUCAGGCUUGAAUUCAUCAAAUCGAAUAAAUCAAUAAUUGAAGUUUUUGAAAAAUGGCCUUUUUACAAAACUCCAUCUGGAUAUCGACUGAUCGACAUCGAUUUUAGAAUAGCAUUUAACAAUAGGAAUGGGCUGUUAUCUGAGUGGAGUCAAAAUGUGGAAAAAAUAACUUUAUUUUUAACGACAGAACAACAUAUUAAAGAUCGAAAUAUUAAAGGAAUGCUGGCGCACAUAAAGAAUAACGACGCAUUAUCAGAAAAUGGAAAGUAUGCUGCUUUGAUUUGGGCGAUACAUGGAUUCCUGGUACCCACCAAUAAGGUGGUUAAAAAAGAUCUGACGGGAAAAAAAAUAACCACAAAAUUCACUAUCAAGGAUUCUCAAGAAUCAGUAAUUUAUCUUGGUUCAAAUCAACAGCAGGUGGAGGAAUACAUUUCCCAUCUCAAGAAAACCAAGGUGUGGCAACCUGCUAUUUAUGCAACAGGAAAAGACAUUUUUAGCAUAGAGAAUAUAUUUGUUCAAUUUGGGGAGACUCGAUAUGAAUUUACAAAUUUCAAGAAGCUAGUAAUUCAUGAACUGAAUGUGAUAAGCCUUAAAUUGUCUCAUUAUGACGAAUGCUUUGAUUCCAUCAGGAGCCUGUUGGAAAGCAGGCAACUCAAUGAUGGAAGUGAUCGUGAUGAACUUGUAGGUGAAGCCUGUGAUCACCUUCUUCCAUUACAUGAUGAUGAAGGAUUAGAUGAUUUAAUAAAACUAUUAAAUGUUGUCCAAAAUUUCAAGAGAUUGACGAAAGAACUGAGUUUGAUUGGAGGAAACUCUCCAGAAGAACUUACAAAAAAGAUCAUGUACAGGAUCAUGACCAGUGAAUUUGCACAACUGUAUAGUUGGGAAGGAGGCAAAGGAAAGAGAAAAUUUUGCGAACUUCCAUUCAUUAAAGCCAUUUUUGAGGCUGUUCGACAAAAUAAAAGAACAAGCAAUGCUUGUGACGAUGAAAUUAUUAGAAGCAUAAAAAAGUUCUUAGUUAGGGCCAAAGAGAGGGUCCUGAAUAAGCAGAAAAAGUAAUAUUAAUUUUUUUAUCUAUUGAAUUUAGCUACCUACGGGUGUUUAUGAGGUUAACCUACAUGUAUUUCAUGUUAAUGAAGUUUGCUUUAAACCUUAACUGUUGUUUGAUUUACCAGGCCAACAGUAGUCUUUUUUUCUAUAUAGACAUAUUUUAGUCAAUUCGAUACAGUCUUGCGGGUAUUUAGUGCGACUAAGGUUG